GAAAUUGAUGACAGACAUUCAAAACACCCAUUAAAUUUCAUAGAUAUGUACCUAUAUAGUUUAUGUACCUUAGUACCUACCAACCGACUUUGACAAAUAAUUUGACAUUCGUAGGAUACUACCAUACUACUGAGUACUGACGUUCUACUGACAGGUCAGCUCAGCUUGCUUCGUGCCUUUUUACUUUUCAGAGUAGAUUUUGAUUUUUUAUUUACUAGGUAUUUAUUUGUAAAUAUAUGAAAAACGACAUGUGUGUAUCCCACUUAGUAGAGUAUUUAGUGUUUUAGUUGUUAGUUAAGUGCACUUACAGUGUUAUAUAAACAGUUGAUAUCGUGUCGGCGAUCGGCGCUCCAUGCGAUUUAACAACACGAAACGUCAUUGAAUGUUCGGUGUAAGAUAAUGGAUGUGGACACUCCUAACAUAUUGAAAAGGUGCAGCAGUGCUCCUCUGAUUAACGAGGCAGUUUCAACAACAGCCACUUCGCCCACUACUAGUGCUACUCCCAGUACAUCAUUCUUCAGCAUGUUUUCCAACAAUAGCCUGCCGCGGACUCGGAGCAACAGCAUUAGUUGCAGUCCGUUAUCAGCUGCUAUCAAUAUACCUUUGACACAAGGCGCGUGCGGUCGGCGGCUAACGCCCCGCGUGAAUCAGCUGCGCGCAGAGGAAUGCGCCGACGUGAGCAACACGCGGGAGGUAGCGCAUGAGAGGGAGGUGCAUACCGCCAUGCAGAUGGGGCAGUCGUACGAGGACCUCACCAUCGUGGCGGGCCUGGCGCACUCACCCACCAGGCUGCCCAGGUUCUCAACAGUGGUAUCACCAUCUCCUCCGCGUAAGUUCACCACCCGCCGCAGUCUCUCGCCCAACCCGCUGCGAGCGUCCAGCUUCAGCCCCGUCAGCCGCCCCAACGUACUGGUGGGGAAGCGACGCUGUGAAGACCUUGAGAACUCUAUGUCGAAACGUAUGUGCACUGGCAGACUAACACCUUCCACCCCCGGUACCCCAGACUCGGAUUCCCUGGAGUGCACCUUCAGGCCGGUCUCACCGAGCAGUCAGCCGAUGAACCAUGAUCAAGACAACCAUAAACCUUCCAGCCCCAGCUAAUAUUACCGUCCGAGGUGACGGAAUAGACAGUCAAAAUUUUUGGAAUGGUUUAGUCUUAUUAUUGGAGACUCCAGUUCAAAGCCAUUCAGCCCGAUAGGCUUGUUGGUACACCAUGUAGAUGUGGGUCGCUGGUUCGAUUUCCACUAAGUUAUAAGAGCAUUAGAUGAGUCCAACACUAUCAGGAUAUACCUAUAUGUUUAGAUUUGACCGGGUUAUGAACUACCGUUGCAUUGUAUGUGGAACAGCUUAGGAACUUGAAGCCUUAUUGGAACUUGGUCCUAGUCUGAACACAAAUAGAUAAGUGCAAAUUUAGUUAAAACAAAUCACGCAAUGGAUGCGACGUUCUAGGUAAUAAAUGACACGUAUAAAAUAGUUUAUUCUCUGAUUCAUCCAGACUUUAGAUGAAUCAGUUAAUUUUCAUUUUUUUAAUAAUCUUUCCGAGCGUUUUACUUAAAUAUAAUAUACAAAACAAAGUUGUUCGUCAACGCAUCAAAAAGUUGUUCGUUGUACGUAAAAUACAAGCAGAUAAUGAAACGAAUAUACGAUGCGAUAGAACCAAUGUUUGAAAUUUAAUGAUGUACACACAAAUUGCUGAAACUGCAAUUUUUAUAAGAAGUCAAUAGUGUAUUAUUGUAAUGUAUUGCCAUUGAAAUAGUUUUUAUGUCUAGUUCUAACCACGUGACCAUUUAUUGCCUGUACGUGGACUUCCUUCAGUCAUAUACUUCGUACAUCAGCGACAACAAUGGACGUUCUACACAAUGCUUGAGAUAUAGGGAUGAUGGCACAAUACAAGUAUUAGAACAGUAGCGUAACUCAGCGCUGUACUUGAAAUUUAUACCUACGUCUGGCCGGAACGCUAGGGUUGGUACAUACAAAAAGAUUGACGACGGAGACGGCGCGGCGAACCUAAUUUAACUCGGACAGCGACCAGUCUCGGCGGUACACGGCGUGGCACUCAAUAAUUUUGUCUUCCCAAGAUUGUGUAAAUCGUGUGUAUGUGUGCGUGCGUCGAUUCGGGUGCUUUAGUAAGAAGAUAAAGUACUGUUCUAUUACUGUAUUGUGACGAAAGCGUGGCAUGAUCAUGCAUUCGUUAUUUGCUCAAUAGUUUAGCGGUGGUAGCCUUAUUGGUGUCAUCCACAUAAUAAUCUGGGUGACGUCACACAAAUUCAAAAACUAAUUUCCAGUUUCAAAUGAAAAGGUGUGACAAGAAAAAUAAUGCUCGAUACAACGCCUAAACCGUGCAGCGUUUUGUCUCUCUUUUAUAGUGCCAGAUAUUUAUUUUUACUUAAAAUGCGAGGGAUAAUAUUGUUACUGUUUAUUAUUUUAAAGCUGACAUGCGGUUUACUCAUUAAUUGAACAGCAAGCCAAUGAAGUUCUCAUUAAUCUCAUCUCACUAAGCAUUCUCCUUUCAAACUUUCUCCAGUGCAAAUGAUGAACAAACACCAGAAACUGACAUACCAUUUAGUCUUUUGAUACUCCAGCAUAAAUUGACCCAUGCUUCCAAUGAAUCAUCUUAUCCCCUUUUUUACUUUUGCUGGCAAAUUUUAAAAUACAAAUGUUUACAGUCUCGAAGUUAAAGUUACAUCGGCUUCACUAACGAUUAAUCGGUGUUGCGGCCUUCGUUCAUCGUAGUUCAUCAAUUUGUCAUCAGGGUGAUUCUAUCGCGGUCCCGUCUUGUCUAUCACUGAGAAUUUGCGCUCUUAGUGCGCGGUAGACAAACGGAAAGCGCGGUGUUCACCGGCGGCGAAGAUUUAAAUAAAGUUCACAAUGUCUUAAGAAAGUCCUAAUAACUUAAUAACAUCGCAUUUGAUUAAACACAUUGUUCAAGUCACCCCUGUUGGUACCUUCGGUACAACAAGCGUUUCACGGACCAAUCCAGUCCAUGUCGAUCCUCCUCCGUGAAUCGUCGAAUUAUAAGUCGUGGACAGCACUCACGCUGUUUAGGUUGCCGUAAAACGUCGUCUUCCGCAGAUAUCAUUAGGCAAAUUAUACAUUGCAACCAGUUAUUAACAGUGGCGACGGUUUGGGGGUUUCUUCAUAAAAUGUCAAUCGAAGUCAUAUUAACUUGGUUGCUGAUUAAUGCUUUGCCUCAUAAGUCAUAAGACUGUAGUAAUAAUUAUUGAGCAAAUCGUUUCUCUCGUCGAAUUCAUUGUAUCACACGGUAUGAACUUUUAAAUAGCAGCCAUUUUAUUAAAAAGUUUAAAUUUGAAUUCAGUGAAGUUUUAAAUUUUUGUCCCUCGUAUAUAAAUGCGUAAAUAUCUAGGUACCUACUACUUGAGGUAAUUAUGGGGUUGGUAUUGGUGGGUAAAUAACGUAAUUGUGUUGUUGUCGUUGAUUAAAUCUUACCCGGUAAUAUUUAUUAUAAACAGAGAUAUUCCCUCUGUACCAAAUGAGGAAACCAGAGAGAAAAAUAGAUUUUUUCUGCGGUUUUUAGUACGGUGUAAGUGAGUAGCCCGCGGCUUAAGUUCCUAAUUACGAACACGAAACGACUUAGUCUAGGAAUAAGCGAGUGCCCUUUUAUAGCCAAAGCAUCAACUUUAUAGUAAUAUAAUAUUAAGGUCCGUUCUCCCGUUGAACGCGGUGAUGUGUAUAGAUUAAUAUUUAAGGGAAUAUAGCCAUUAUUAUAAUUAGUUUACGGAGCAGUUAUGCUCGCGUCAUCCCGCCUUAGAAUUCAAGAUCCAUGUUUCUUGAUGCAUUCAUUUUAUAUCAUUACUAGGAAAUUAUUUAAUGAACGGCCCUGACAGACCGGCGAAUAAACAUGCGCGUUGUGUCGAGUUCGCGUCUAUUGUUAUUGUGCGAAAUGCUGCUGUAUGGAUUGAUUAUAUUAUUAUUUUUAGUAAUUAAUUGCGAAUAGCAUUAAUAGCUACAUUUAUUACAUUAGUAUUGAUAGAUAACUUUGAACUUAAUAAAAUCAUCGAUUUGACUGUGCUAGUUACCAAGAUUUGCGUAUAAAUAUAAUUGAUAGAACAACUAGGCUAGUCAAGAAGAUAAAAAACGUGUUAAUUUUUAAUAAAUCUCCCAAAAAUAUAAGCGAUGGCUUAUUCGAUUCGGAACGUGCCUAGAAAAAUGUAUCGAAUGUAUAUACACAUAAAAAAUUGUGUUAAUUUUUUUAUGUUUAACAAUUAUUUGAUUAUAAUAAGUUAUUAAAAUAUUUAUAUACAUUUUAUUAAUUCUACUUCAAAAUAACUUAAAUAUUAAUAGUAUUUGAGUUACUUUCGAUAGAUUUUUCUAGACAUUCCGAAACAAAUGAGAUGGCUCAUAUUUUAAAGAGCUUUAUCAAUAACGUUUUUGAACUUGUUGACAAGCCUAACCAGGAACGACGCGAAUCAAACGUUGCGCUAUCAUUCGCCUGUCUGAAUAGGGCCUUUGAGUAGCAUAAGCGCGUUUUAAACACAUUUAUUGUACACAUAUGUAAUUAAAUUAUUUUAAGCAUGUAUAAAUGUGUUAAUUGUGUAAUCAAUUAUUGUUAUGUUUAAGCGGGCUCGUUUGUAAUAAUUGUUUUCGUUGUGUUCAUUAUUCACUGAAUAAGUAUUGUUUUGAUUAUACCAUAUUGGUAGAUUUCAUUGGAUGUUGUUAUGCAACAGUGAGUUGUCACAGAUUUUAUGAUAAUUUUAUGUUUUAUUGUUCGUUUUGGAGUUAUUAAGGUUUAUAUUUAUGGUUUGCAGAUUCUUUCAUAAUUACUAUGAGAAUGAACUUUGUUCUAGUAAAGUACGUGGUGAAGUAGAGAAAAUGAUCGUCGUUCGAUUCGUCUUCAUGUCGAAUUCGACGACGAGUGUGUUAUAUGUUAAAAUUCAAUGAAAAGCGUCAUAAUAAAUUAAAUUGCAAAAUUGAAUGUUUUUAAUAAGUCAGUUUAGUUUUGUUGGUGGUGGAAGUCUAAAUAGAUGCCAGUGGUUUCCAGUAGCUCUAUUGAGGCGCGUAUUGUACAUUCUCCGCGCCUCUGGGCCCUGCGGACGAAGUGACCGACAUAUUUGCGACGCUUGCUGUCUUCGGCAGUCGAUUAUAUAAUAUACCUACUAAUUAUUUCGAUAUAUAUUUCAGGCCAGAUUUCGAUUAAUGGAGAUUUUGGGGGGAAGAUUUUACAUUAUUGGAGGUUUUUGAGUUAGCUAGGUUCCACAUUAAGAGGUGCUACUGCAUUAUUAUACAGUAUGUAAAUGUUUUUCUUGCAAAUAUACCAAAAUUUUAUUUUUUUUAGUUUAUAAAGGCUAAUAUUGCACGAAUAACGUUUUACUUCCUAAUAAUAAUUUAAACUAUUCUUAACUCGGCUCUGAUAAGCAUUUUUUUAAGACAAACACUUGUAGAAUACUUUUAAUCUUGGCUUAAUAGCAACAUCCAAUGGAGAAUAUAUAAAUAAUUUGUAAUGUUAUUUCAGUUAUAAUAAGUGAUGCCAAUAUUGGUGUUAUUACGUAGUGAAGCAUUUUAUCCACUGUGUAACAUACCUUAUAUUGUAAAGUAUGUAUCCGUUGUGUUAUAGUUAUUUAUGCAACUGUUGUGUAAUUAAAAUUGUGGUAUUAAAACACGAAUGUGGUAUCCAAUAAUGGUAUCACAUGAGUGUUUUAAUACCUAAUUAUCAACAGUUGCAUACAAGACUUUAUCUACACCCAGAAUAUGAAUCCUCUAAAAGAUUCGGAAACGAACAUUAAAACACCAGUCCUAGUAGUAACCUAAUAUCACCCAUUACUGAUUAUAUACAAAUAAAGUAAGUAUUAAUGAAAUAAUUAUUUAUUUUAGUAGUAAUUUACAUUUUGUAUAGUGCUAUAAUUAAAAUUCACUCGAAUAUAAUGUUCUAUUGCAGAAUUUAAAAUGAAACGCUCAUUUUUUGUGAACAAAAAAAAUAAAAAUAUUGAAGAAAAAUGGCGGCGAUUCGAAUAACCUACUUUUUUUUUACGGUGCGCGACGUUCUGGGAGUGUGGAGCGCGCGUAAACGAAAAUGUUCUUUUUUUGAAAUUCAUACAGAUACCACGCAUCAAGUAAUCAGUAUGUGGCUGUUUGUUGAAACUCUUUGAAGGGAUAAAAAAAAUCAUAGGAGUGUUGUUAUGAAAUUCAGUACAACAUUACAACACUCUUUUGGAUGAUGUAAUGUUUAUUAGAACAUGUUUUAAUGUUGGCAAUAAGCUAACUGUUUCAGAAUCUUUAAUAGAGGAUUUAAAGCAUGGGUGUAGAUAAAAUAUCUUACAUUACAGACACUUAUAUUGUAAUGAAGAUAUCCCCUGAGUUCCACAAACUAACAUUGUUAAGAAUGUAUUCGUUAAUUUACAUUGUACAGUAGGUAUGUAUUGAAUUACCUCAAGAGGGCGGCCUGAAUGAGCUCAUUUUUCAUUCACAUGUAUGAUUGAUGGAGGAUUCUAGAAUUAACAAACCUUUAAGAUGUAUUUCUCAAAAUACAGUUGCUCAUUUAAUUAGCUUCUUCUUAGCUACGCGUAAUAUUAUGCGAGAUAUCUGUUUUAAUGGUCUUGAGAUUCUUGUCUGCCAACUAUCUGAAUCAAUCAGCACUCCUUAUUCUGUGUGUUAUUUUUAGCUUACAUUUUUCUUUUAAUAUUCCACCCGAUUUAAACAAUAACCACCAAUAAUGGACUAUAUCGGAGGCCUACAAUGUGUGUUCCAUUCUUUCUUAACUUAUAAGUAUUUUUUUUAUUGAACACCAUUCAAAUUGUUAAUGUAACUAAAUAUAUUUUAAACUAGCUGUGCCUGCUACUUUGUCUGGACUUAAAUUUUUCUCAGCAUGUUAAUAGAAGAUAAGGAACAAAUAAUGAACUGUGUACGUGAAUAACCGAUAUUUAUUGACGUACAAUAAGCAACUAGACUCGCCUAUUAAAAGGUGGCCUAAAAAUGUCCGAGCGGCGUUGUAUAUACGUAUACAUUAACUUCGGAUAACAUUCAUUCAAAUUAACACCUUAUUUUGUGGCAGUAAUGUUCAAAGUCUAUUGUAUACGCUUAUUAGAACGCUCGGACGCGAACACGAGGCAAGAACAUUUCGUUUUAGCAAUUGAAAUGUAUGUAUUUAGCAAAAUAAUUAAAAAUGUCAAGUUGGUUACAUAAUUUUGUUAAUUUAAAUAGUUACUUAACUUAAAUACGACACUUAAUACUUAUAACUGGAUCAUUCCAUCGUCAGGUGUUACAUUUGAACUCUAUGAAAUAUGAUUUAUUCUUAUUUCUAAAUCUUAUCGUGCAAUAUUUUCUUUUUAUUGACAAUUUUCGAUGUACCUACGCUUAACAUACAUAGUCCGUUUAUAUGGUUUUCGGUCAUCGUAGACCUCAGCCACGUUUUGACACGUCGCAGGAUGGAAAAGAACCUUUCUAUAUUACUUGUUGUUCACGGUUCCAACGAAAUAAGUGUGGCUUUUUAGUUGCCGAAAAAAGUAUUCGACACCUUUAAUACAUUGGUAUAGUCAAAUUUUCUAGACUUUCUCUUUCCAUACCUUUAUUCUUCCACAGCUUUUACCAAACCAUAAUUCCGCUCCAUGCUCUAAAAGAGAAAGAAAUCUUGCGAUUUUUGAAAUCAAUAAUUGUCAUAUUUAACAUCUAACUGGGAUGUAUUGACAGUACACGAAGAGCUGGUAAAUUUUGAUUAGAAAAACACUGUUGGAGUCCAGAUAUUUGGGAAUCUAAAGAAUAAUGACUGAUCGUUUUAAUUUUUUUUAUGAUCAUAAGGGACGAGACGUUCAGCUGAUGGUAAUUGACAAUGCAGUGCUGCUCAGGAUUCUUGAAAGACCCAAAAAUUCUGAGCGGCACUACAACUGCGCUCGUCACCUUCAGACAUAAGUUGUUAAGUCUCAUUUGCCCAGUAAUUUCACUAGCUACGGCGCCCUUUAGACCGAAACACAAUAAUGCUUACACAUUACUGCUUCACGGUACCCAUAAUCUAGCCGGCAUCCUGUGCAAAGGAGCCUCAUCUGGAUUAUUGGAAAUAUCUAAAAUAUUCUGUCUACGAUGAUCUUUUAUAAGAGUAAUAAUCCUCUUGAUAUGAUUCACGUAUGUGGUCAAUAGCCUUCGAUUGUAAAAUAUUGGCAACAUGUUCCAAUAUACAUUAGUGCAACGCAUAUAAUAAAUACUGAUUUAGGAGCAGCACAAUGAAACUGAUAAGUUUUUCUUGCAACAGCAUUCCCUUCUGUAGAUAUCUUUGUAAGUACUAACAUUCAGAAUUUCUUUAAAACGUUUGAUAAAAAAGGCAAUUUUACUUUUGAGACCAGCUGUCUCACAUAAAGCAAGAAUGUUGGGCACUUAUUUCCUUCUUAAAGAAGAUUCGCGGAAGAAAUUAGUUUUAUCUGAUCAAGUAGUCAACAUUUAAACUAUGAAUAAUAUUGUGAAUUAAGUAAAUAAUUCUAGAUAUUCAGGAUAGGAAUGUUCUUGAUCAUAUAUUAUAACUAACUUGACAAUUUAUUUUUUGACU